GUGCAGGCAAAAUAACCUACCUUUUGGUUUACUUUCACAUCAAUGUGAAAAUGUCGUUCCGUUUUCUCCAUAUAAAAAUCUAUCAGAAAUAUAACAGAAUAAACUAAUACAAGAAUGGAGCCAAAAGCAAACGACGCCCAUUUACGACAAAUACUAAACAGUCCAGCACGUUUCACACCGGCUGUUCCCAUUCCGGACUGGUCGAACAAUGCUGCAACAACCUCGACCACCACAGCAGCUACAAAUGCGAUGUCCUCAAAGUCCGCAUCGAAUAUGACAGUAUUAACACCAGGCGGUGUUGGUGAUCCACAUACUAACGUAACAUUGCAAAACUGUGUCGCGACAAUCGAUUUGGGUUGCGAGUUAAACUUAAUGAAAAUAAACUCCCGCACACGAAAUUCGGAAUACAAUCCCCUACGGUUUAACGGCGUAGUUAUGCGCAUAAGAGACCCACGUAGUACCGCUUUAAUAUUUCGAUCUGGGAAAAUAGUCUGCACGGGAGCGCGCAAUGAGCAUGACGCCUUGUUGGCUUCGAAAAAGUUUGCUAGAAUAAUCCAAAAGUUGGGUUUUAAUAUCAAAUUCAUCAAUUUUAGAGUACAAAACAUUGUCGCGACGUGCGACUUGAGGUUUCCUAUAAAACUAGAAAAUUUGCACCACGUACAUGGCCAGUUUAGUAGGUAUGAACCAGAGUUAUUCCCUGGUUUGAUUUAUCGCAUGAUUAAACCACGUAUUGUAUUACUCAUAUUUGUAAAUGGGAAAAUUGUUUUCACCGGAGGGAAGUCCAGGCAAGAUAUAAAAGAUGCUUUAGACAAUAUGUAUCCUAUUUUAAGAAGCUUUAGGAAGAACUGAACUCCUCUGUUUUUACUUAUAUUAUUUUAUUGCAUGAACUGAACUCCUCUGUUUUUACUUACAUUAUUUUAUUGCAUUUAUUUGUUAAGAUUAUCAUCUACUUAAUGUUUAUUGUAAACCUUUUUCUACAAGAUUAAAGUUUUGUGUGUAUCGGA